AUGCCUCCCAGACGAGCUAGAAGACAAGCAGGAGCGAAUGCCGGCACUGCCGGUGCUGCGCCUGUCCCCGCACCGAUCCCCGGGCCCCCGUCAACUGUCCUAGCACCAGGACCAAUUGCUUCGAUGCCUGAUCCCGCGGAUUAUAUGAUUGGAGCCUCAGAUGUUAAAGGGGUUGUCAAUUUGACUUCAUCAGACGAUUAUCGCCUUUGGAGCGCUAUAUACCUCUUGACGGCAACAGCGGCAGGACUAGCGACAGGGUCUACAUACGGGGACAAGGAACUCAUAGAUACCAGGGAGAACAUCACCCAUGAAAACUAUCACGGAGAAUUCCAAAAAGCUGUUAUGGGAGAGCUCUCCCAGUAUCCUCAUACGCCAACCCACAUUGAGGAGUAUGACCAGAAGCCACAGUCAUUAGAGACUUUUCAAACGGUCUGGACAAAGUCACCCCAUGAAGCUAGAUGUGGGCCUUCAGGUGAAGAUAGCGUGAUCACGGAGCUAGGGCCGCACGUUACAGCCCACAGGAUCGUGAAGGAGAAAAUGAAGACGUCAACGAACUAUCUAUACGGUAGUAUUGGUGUAAUGGUUUUGAACUUCCUUGUGGGCGGUUUUGUGUGGAGUUUGCAUCUUGCCAUUCAACGCUUUGAAAUAGCGUUGUUAGUUCAGGAGGAGCAUCUUGGUCGUGAUAUUGACCUAGAGAAGAUUAGGGAUAAUGAAAGGGGAAUAAAAUAA